AUGAAGGCUGAUUACUCAUUUCCCACUUGUAGCGAAUUCUUAGCCACGGAAUUCGAUUAUCUCAUUAUUGGCGGUGGUACUGCUGGACUUGUCCUUGCUAAUCGGUUGAGCGAGAAUCCGAAUGUCGUUGUCGGGGUGAUUGAGGCUGGAAAAGCCAAGCUGGACGACAACAAUGUACUCUCCCCGACUGGCAUAUCGGCCAUGUUGCAUAACGAAGAGUAUGAUUGGAAGUUCAAGACAAUACCGCAAGCGGGGAACAAGGACGAAAUUCAUCAUCUCCCCCGUGGCAAGUUGCUUGGAAGCUCAAGCGCCGUCAACUUCAUGGCCUACGUUCGUCCAUCGGCCUCUGAUAUCGAUUCGUGGGGUGAAGAGAAUGCCGGAUGGUCAUGGAACGACUUAGAGCCCUACUACCUGAAGCACGAAGACCUCCAACACCCACUGAAUAGUACAAAAAAUUUAGUACACCUGUCUUCAGCUUCUCAUGGGCAAGAGGGUCCUAUUCGACUCUCUAUGCCACCCUCGCCAAUUCCAUUCGAGCAAUCUAUUUUCACAGGCCUCGAAAACACUUCAGGGAUUCCAAGAUCCGACGAUCCUUACGGUGGCCAACAUAUAGGCGCUUUUGAAAGCCUGUCAAACAUUGACCGCAGCGGCGGGCAAGUGCGCCGCAGCUAUUCUGCUUCUGCGUAUCUGAUCCCUGCCCUCGAACGUCCAAACUUGAAAAUCCUGACCGAAGCAUCUGUCAGUCGGAUUAUUUUCGACCACAUUGGUGAGGCAACAAGGGCAAGCGCAGUGGAAUUUUGGCACGGAGGCGAGCAGCACAAGGUCAAAGCAAGCCAAGAGAUCAUCCUGUCAGCGAGCACUAUCCAAAGUCCUCGAAUCCUUGAGCUCUCUGGAAUUGGAAACCGAGCCAUUCUUCAAUCUGCCGGCAUCGAUCCAAUCGUCGACCUGCCCGCCGUGGGGGAAAACCUACAAGAACACCCCAUGACAUCCGCCGUAUACGAACUCGUGCCGGAUAUUGUGACCAUGGAUUCCUUGUUUCUAGACCAUAAUCUUCUUCAGCAACAAACCAAGCUGUUGGCAGACACCCAAAACGGACUCCUCGCAGGCUGCAUGGGCCUGACAGGGUUCCUUCCCUACGCAUCCCAAGUCCCAAAGACGGCAAUCGAGGCCACAGUCGCCGCCGUGGAAGCCCCAGAGGAGGGGGACAAAUUCCGAGAAAGCUAUCGCAAGCACAUCGUAUCCAGCCUACGAGAUGCCGACUUCGCAACGAUCCAAUACUACGGCAUUCCCGGCCAUUUCAAUCUCGCCAGCGGCCAUUCUAACCAAGGCCUGCUGCUGCCGGGAGCACCGAAAGGUCGCAAUGCAUGCUACACCAUGUUGAUCAGUGCCAUGUAUCCCGCUUCGCGCGGCAGUACGCAUAUAUCACCAAGGGGAUCCCUCCAAGGACCCCCUGAUAUCGAUCUAGGCAUACUCACGCACCAGGCCGAUGUUGAUGUCUUGGCAGCUGGCUUGGCUUUCGUGGACAAGGUGUUCUCGUCCAAGGAUGUGGCUGGCAGUGUGCUGGGACGUGUUGAUCCGCCGCCGGCUGUGAACUUGCAGGUCCCUGCUGAGGCUCAGCAGUUUGCCCGUGAGCGGAUUAUGCCCUUCAAUCAUAUUUUGGGGACGUGCGCAAUGGGUCCUGUGGUUGAUAAUAGACUGCGGGUGAAAUCGGUGGAAGGACUGCGGGUGGUCGAUGCGAGCGUUUUUCCGUCGCAGAUCAGUGGGAACAUCAUUUCUACUGUGUAUGCUAUUGCGGAGAAAGCGGCUGAUAUGAUCAAGGAGGAUGGACCGAAAUUUAGGUGA